UCGAAAGUCUUUGUUUACUGUGAAAUUUGUGUUUUUAAUUUUUGCACGUGAAUUGAAUAAAGGACGAGACAACAAUGGUUAUUAUUGGGCAAGUACAUCCUCCAAAUGAAGGAAUUGUCUUCACCACCGACAAUGUUCAAUUAAAAGUUGACCAACAAACUGUUGGGAAGGGAAAUGUCUAUAUAAGCCAAAGUUCCCUUAUGUGGAAACCCAACAACAAUGGGCUGCAAGGAAUUUCAAUAUUUUGGAAGCGUAUUAGUGUGCAUGGCAUAACAAAUGCUCCCACAAAGGCCAUAUAUUUGGUAAUUGAUCGUCAAUUUAAAUGGCCAAAUACCGAUAGUCAAAAUGCCGGCAAUGGCAAUGGUCACGCGGCUGAAGCUAAUGGAGAUGGAGACAACAGUGAUUCGGAUGAGGAGGUUUUUCAAGAUGCCGAAGAGGAUCAAAUUACCGAAUGCUGGCUUUUGCCAGAAGACACCAAUGUGGUGGAUACAAUGUAUCAGGCCAUGACCGAAUGCCAGUCAUUGCAUCCUGACUCAGAGGAUAGUAUAUCCGAAGACAGUGAUCUAAUGGAGGAUGAUGAAAAUGCCGACUUCGAUGAUGCUGAUGAAUAUAUACAUAACUUUAAUGGCAGUGGCGAAGUUGAUUCAGCUCGAGCAAAUAUGAAUAAUUUGUCCUUAGACGAUGAUCGCUUUGCUGACGCUGAUGAAUAAAUUCUAUAGUAGUCGAUUUCUCGAAUUUCAAGUGGGAAUUUUGUGUAUGCUGGUUAUUUAAUAGCAAAAGCGCACACUCACCCAGAGAUGACUGUUAUUCAUUUCAUCACUAUUGAAAAAGCAUUUUUAAUAACAAAAAUUAAUUUAUAAGAAAAAUUUAUUUAUAAUUAUCACUUUUUAAUGGUCCCUUUCAUGGUCAUUUGAUAAAAAAAAAAAAACAGACUGAGGUCUAACAAAUCUAAAGAUAAUUUAUAUGGUAGCGCCUCAAACGGGCACUCAAAAUAAAGUCCAUUUUUUAUGAACAAAAAAAAAUACAAA